AUGAUUGAUUCAUAUACUUUUUCUUUCUUUCUUUCUUUCUUUCUUUCUUUCUUUCUUUCUUUCAAAAUGAGUCUAUUAUUUAAUCUCAGUUUCUUUAUUUUCUUCUUUCCUUUGAAGACGUCGCUAUCAUUUACUCAAAAGUCAAUGAGUGAACUCACAACCUUUUUUGUCUCUUAUUUACUCACAACCACUUUCUUUCUUUCUUUUUUCUUUCCCUCGUUCUUUCUUUCUUUCUUUCUUUCUUUCUUUCUUUCUUUCUUUCUUUCUUUCUUUCUUUCUUUCUUUCUUUCUUUCUUUCAAGACACCCUAACGUUAACUCAUGUCCUCUUUCUAUCACUUUUAUGGACACCUUUCUUAUUUACACAUCUCUAUCGUCAACUGAGAGCCGCUUUCUUUCUUUCUUUCCAUCUUUCCAUCUUUCUUUCUUUCCAUCUUUCUUUCUUUCUUUCUUUCUUUCUUUCUUUCUUUAAAAACACCUCUAUCAUUAACUCACGACCUCUCUUCUUUUGUUUCCUUCUUUCUUCCCUUCUUUCUUUAAAGACAACUACACCUCGAUCAUUAACUCACUGCCUCUUUCUUUCUUUCUUUCUUUCUUUCUUUCUUUCUUUCUUUCUUUCUUUAAAGGCACCACGAUCACGCCCUCUGUUCGCUUCAUUAAUCUCUUUUCCUUCAAUCUUCCUUUCUAUUCCUUCUUCCUUUCUUUUCCUUCUCCCUUCCUUUCUAUUUCUUUUUCCUUCCUCUCUUUUCCUUCAAUCUUCCUUUCUAUUCCUUCUUCCUUUCUCUUCCUUCUCCCUUCCUCUCUCCCUUCCUUUCUAUUUCUUUUUCCUUCCUCUCUUUUCCUUUAAUCUUCCUUUCUCUUCCUUCUCCCUUCCUUUCUCCCUUCCUUUCUAUUUCUUUUUCCUUCCUCUCUUUUCCUUCAAUCUUCCUUUCUAUUCCUUCUUCCUUUCUCUUCCUUCUCCCUUCCUCUCUCCCUUCCUUUCUAUUUCUUUUUCCUUCCUCUCUUUUCCUUCAAUCUUCCUUUCUAUUCCUUCUUCCUUUCUUUUCCUUCUACCUUCCUUUCUCCCUUCCUUUCUAUUUCUUUUUCCUUCCUCUCUUUUCCUUCUUUAUUCUUUUCUAUUCUUCCUUUCUUUCUGCCCCUUCUUCAUUUCUUACUUUUUUCUCCUCCCUUACUUUCUAUUCCUUCCAUUAUUUUCCAUCUUCCUUCCUUUGUAUUCCUUCCAUCCUUCCUUCCAUCCUAUUUCGAUUGAAACAUGUUUCAAUAAUCGGCAAUCGACAUUGUCUCGGUUCCACCGUAAAGUGUUCCGCAUUUUUACUACGACUCUUCUUCUUAUUCCUUCUUCUUUUUCUUCCUCCGCUUCUUCGUCUUCUUUUUCAUCUUUUUACCCCUUUACUACUACUACUGAUGCUUCUUUCUCCUCCUCCUUGUCUUCUUUUUUCUUCUCUUUCUCUUUUUCUUCUUUUGCUUCUCCUUUUUCUUCCUCCUCUCCUUUUUCUUCCUUGACCUUUUCUUUUUCUUAUUUCUCUUCUUCCUCAUCUUUGUUCUCUUCUUCGUUUUCAUAUUCCGCUUCUUUUCUUUCGUCUAUCUUUUCUUCUUCUUCGUAUUUCCCCACUUCUUCUUCUUCUUCUUCUUCUUCUUCUUCUUCUUCUUCUUCUACCACAUCUAUUUUCUCCUCUUCUUUUUCCCCUUUUAUCCUUCAUUUAUUUGCUUAUUUUCUUUGUUAA